AUGGGGAAACCCUUACAGCAGAACAAAGGUCGCGACUCAAUUGAGGCGCAUGUUGUUAAGAAGAAGGAAAUCAAGAUUGCGCCGGCUAGGCCAAAAUGGAAUUUCAAAGUUGGGACUGAUAAAACUGAUAAGCAAGCCCUAGAUGUGGAGAUUAUCUCUACUGAUCCUCUGAUAGCGAAAGAGAAGGAAACCAUUAUUGUUGAUUUGCAGCCAUCCCCUGAAAGAAAUGAGAAUGAGAUUGAUGUAGUUAAUGUGCAUAACUCUAUUCCAGCCCCAACUACAAACAGAUUCUCGGAGCUACAAGAUAUGUGCGACGGUGAAGUUGAUCUGACAGUUGAGACGGAAGACGAAGUUGAGAAUGUGUAUACAGAAGGUAAUGAUGUUCAAGGAGAUAAGCUAGCUGCUUUGAUGAAUGAAUCAGCUCUAGAAACGAUAACUGUAGUGGAUGACAAGUUUGCUACUCCUUCAAAUGACUCGAUUACUGAUGUUGUUUUAGCAAGCGUGUUGCAGUCGGUGGUUGGUAAGUUUCCGGAUGACUCCUUUGAGAUGGACAACCAAGAUGAUAAUGAAGACCAAGAGGGUGGAGGUCAGUGGUCAGAACGUGAAAAAGAUGAUGCGCUAGUAACUGAAAAUGAGCAAGGGGAACGUACUGUCAAGAAGAAGCGUGGCCAGAAAACGAAGGAGGCUCGUGCUAAACAAUUGGAAGGGGCUGAGUUGCAGCGGAGCAGGUUUUCCAUCUUGAAGUUGGUUAUGUUCCUCUUCAAAAAAACAUUUCUCUUGUCAUCCCUAUAUGCUAAGUCGAAUAAAGUGGAUAGAAGGCCACUUUGGUCCAGUUUGGAAACUUUCAGGGAUGCUUUUCCUAACUCGCCAUGGGUGGUUCAUGGAGACUUUAAUGUAAUUCACUCGUUGGAAGAGUACUCUGGGUCUUCGGUACAGGAUUAUGGUGGUAUUGAUGAGUUUAAUCAAAUAAUUGAGUCGACUGGUUUGUUUGAUACAACUCCAAUUGGAGACGAGUUUACCUGGGGAGAGACUAGGAGUACUGGUUGGGUAGACAAGAGAUUGGAUCGUAUUCUGUUUACCAAUGAGUGGUUGGAUAUGUUUCCUAGGGUUUUGGUUGAACAUCUAAGCAGAACCACAUCGGAUCAUUGUCCACUUCUUCUUCAAUUUGAUGCUCAGAUUGAAACGAUUUGUCCUCCUGUCUCAAUUUUCAAACAGAUGGAGAAAAGGUAUCAACGGUUUCUUUGGCAAGGCUCAAAUGAGGAGAAACGCAAGGAUUGGAGGUCUUGGGAUCGUUUAACGUUCCCUACUUCAGAAAAUGGGUUAGGUUUGCGUCGUUUUCAAGAUGUGUACAGGCCUUUUCGUGUAAACUAUGGUGGAAGGGCAAUUUUAGAGAUUGAGAAAGGAGUCCGGAAUGUUUUGUCUGUUCAUGACUUGAAAGCUGGAAAUGUGGAGGAGAGGAACUUUGUUGAGCAGGCUUUUGGAUUCAAAUUGAAAAGAAUUAAGAAGUGUCAUUGUAUUACAGUCAAAUGGAUGGCAGCUCGCGCAGAAGGGUAUAGACUUAAUACUGACAGCUCUUUGGUAAAUACAGACUCAGGGUACGGUUUUGCAAUUAGGAAGCAUGAUGGCAAUUUAAUUUGUAUGGCGAAAAUGGUUAUCUUGGAGGCGAGGAUAGCUUUGGAGCGGAAGUGUUUGGCAUGUUGUUUGGGGUCAGAAAAUGUGAGCAGCUAA